GCGCUGCGCAUGCUCAGCGCCGCCGCUCCGUCAGGCUCGCGGCUCCGCAGCGGCGCGCUCCCCGCCGCCCCUCAUGGCGGCCCCCGGGACCCUCGGGGGCCCCGUCCUGAAAGAUGUUGUGGCGUAUGUAGAAGUGUGGUCAGCCAGUGGAACAGAAAAUUAUUCAAAGACAUUUACGGAUCAACUUGCGGACAUGGGGGCAAAGGUUUCAAAAACUUUCAACAAACAAGUGACUCACGUUGUGUUCAAAGACGGGUACCAGAGCACCUGGGCCAAAGCGCGGAAGAGAGGCGUGAAGCUCGUCUCAGUGCUCUGGGUUGAAAAAUGCAGGACAGCUGGAGUGCACAUUGAUGAAUCGCUGUUCCCUGCAGCUAAUCCCAGUGAACACCUACCAAGCCUAAUGAAAAAAAAACGCAAGUGUAUGCAGCCCAAAGAUUUUAUUCCUAAAACACCAGAAAAUGAUAAAAGACUGCAAAAGAAGUUUGAGAAAAUGGCUAAAGAGCUGCAACAGCAGAAGACCACUCUGGGUAAUGAUGCUCCUGUUCUCUUGUUCGAAUCUAAUGGCUCCCUGGUGUACAGUCCCCCAGUUAGAAUCUGCAGUGGCCACCACAGUGCAGCGGGGAAGAGACUGCAGGCGAUGCAGGCGAAACGGGAGGAUCUUUUCCCCACCUCUUCCCAGAUGGUUGAAAAGUCUGACGAUAACACCGUUAACUCUCUGUGUGAAGCAUCUUUGAACCUUUCACAUGAUACUUUGUGUUCAGAGGACUUCUUUGCUGGUGUUCUACACUUGUCUUUUGAUGAUCUUUGUGGGAGCUCUGGAUGUGGGACUCAGCAGAGGAAAUUGGGCGGAUUCCUUGACGAAAGUAGAAGCGCUGCGUGUGCUUCCUCAGCUGUGCUGAAAACGAGCAGUGUCCGUCCGCCAGCAUCUCCCGGUUCCCGCGGUCAGUUAACCCUUCACCGGUCCCCCGGCAGUCUUUCCGAGGGAGACACCCACGGGCAGAGGGGUGCUGCGGGCCGAGCCAUCACCCCCGACGCGAAGCCAGCGUGGGAGCCGGCUCGGGGGGCGUUCGACGGGAAGAGGGGCCUGUCUCCUACGUCAUCUGUAACAAAAGAGCCCCCCAGGGGCCCUUCAUGUCCCCAGAGCUCCUCAGCCACGGGAAGAAGGGUGUCGGCGAACUCCAGGCCACCCCCGGAGGAGAGACUGAGGAAGAGGCGGUCCCUCGGGUGGCCCCCCGCGCCCCGGCUGCAGCCGGAGAACAGCCCGAAGUGCGCGAGCCCCUCUGCCGUUGAGACUCUGGGCCGCGGGGAGUCCUCGUACGAUGAUUACUUUUCUCCCAAUAAUCUCAAGGAGAGGGACUCGGAGAGCCUCCUUCCCGGGGUCCAGCCGCCCGCCGGCCCCGCCCUGCUCCACUGCACGAGGAGCCUUUCCAGGAGGGAGAGGACCAGCCUCCUGGAGAGGGCUGACUUCUCCUGCAUCGGCAGAAACCCCCGGUCAGCCGGUGGUACCUACUCAACAGUGAAGGCUGGCUUCCGUCUCCAGAAACCUGCAAACUACGGAGCUGAUCCGGGCUUGAGCAGUGUGACUUCUAGGGAAACGCCUGCUGCCGAAGGGACCCCAGGGGACUGUCCCCGGGCCGAGGCUCAGAGACGGGGAGACGCCUGCCCGGGCGGGAGUGACUCUCCCCAUACCCUCGAUGGACUCACUCCUCAGAAGGGACGUCGAGGUGAUUUUACUCCUUUGAAAGGAAGCAAUAAAGAAAUGAAAGGAUGGAUUGACAUAAAAAGCACACAGAAAGAAGAUACUCCUUCUAAAAUGGUGAAUUCCCCUGAAGGUGAAGCACUAAGUGAUUAUAAGCUAAACUGUGCAGGCGACUGUCAUGUGGAGAAGUCUGCAGAGGCGAGGGAAGAGUUACCCCGAGGACGCAGUGAAAGUGUUAAAAGAGGACCAACAAGGCAUGAUGUUUUGGAUGGCUCAUGGGAAGGCUUCAAGGAUCUCAUCAGACCUCGUGAGGAAUCAAGGAAGAGAGAGAAAGGCCAGAAGGUACUGUGGUCUUUGGAAAUGGGUCAUCGGAUUUCUGAGGAACCGUUCGAACAGUCAAACUACUUCCCUGCAGCUCCUGGCCAGUCACCCACAGACAUGACUAGGAGACCCACGGGACAGUUGGAAGUGUGGAAAAGUCAGAGCCCGAAGAAUCGAUGGGUGGCUCUCAUCGGCCCAGGAGCACCUUCCAUCCAGUGCCAGCAACACGGUGGACCAGGCUGCUUCAGGCUCCCCUCCGCCUAACAAAGAAAGUCUUUUUGGGACUUCCCUGGUGGCGCAGUGGUUAAGAACCCCCACUGCCAAUGCAGGGGACACGGGUUCGAGCCCUGGUCCGGGAAUAUCCCACAUGCCGUGGAGGAACUAAGCCCGUGCGCCACAACUACUGAGCCUGUGCUCUAGAGCCCGCAAGCCACAACUACUGGAGCCCGUGAGCCACAACUACUGGAGCCCACAUGCCUAGAGCCCGUGCUCCGCAACAAGGGAAGCCACCGCAAUGAGAAGCCCGCGCACCGCAACUAGAGAAAGCCCGCGCGCAGCAACGAAGACCCAAC